AUGAAUCCAAUUCGUAUGUCGUUGCUAAAAUCGGAUUGGCCAGAUUCGUCAGAGUCGCGGCAACGGAUGCUCGAGUCGGCGUCGAGCAGCCAAUUUCCGCAGUACUACGACGCGACGCUAAAGGAGAAGGUGAUCCAAUUGCUGCGGCGCAUCAAGCCGGCGUUGAUCAUCAUUUUGACGCCGAUGAUAUUCUCAUUUCUGCUGAUAGGCGGAGAAAAGGAAUUCCGAUGCGCCUUUUGUGUAUGCGUGAUGGCCGUCUACUGGAUGACGGAGGUGAUGCCAUUGGCGAUAACAGCAAUGAUGCCGGUCAUUCUAUUCCCGUUGACCGGGGUAUUGGACUGUAACAACACCGCCAAGGAGUAUAUUAACGACACCAACUUCCUGUUCAUCGGCGGGUUGAUCAUGGCGGCGGCCGUGGAGAAGUGCGAUUUGCAUGAAAGGGUUGCCCUGUCGGUGUUGCGGCUCGUGGGCAGUCAGCCAAAAUGGAUUAUGGCCGGGUUUAUGACCGUCACGGCAUUGUUGAGUAUGUUCAUCUCGAACACGGCAACAACGGCAAUGAUGGUACCAAUCGGGCAAUCGGUCAUCGGCCAACUCGUCGAGUCGUUCAAUUCCCACCCAAAUCAGGGCAGUCGGUUGGGCUGUAAGAAGAUGUCGACCGGACUCGUAUUGUCGAUCUGUUUCGCGGCAAAUAUCGGCGGAACUGGGACUGCCACGGGGACACCUUCUAAUCUGGUCAUGCUCGGCCAGUUGACAAACCUAUUCCCCGACGAGGACGGCUCCCUGAACUACAUUUCCUGGAUCUUCUUCGCCGUUCCGCUGAUGUUGUGCUGUCUGAUGGCCUGCUGGACGACGUUGUGGCUCUUUUUCCUUCGGGAUGCUCCCGAAGAAGACGAGCACGUCACCAAGAUGCUGCACGAUCGGUAUGAGAAAUUGCCGAGGACGAGUUACGCGGAAAAAUCGGUGAUGUUCUGCUUCGCGCUGUUGCUGGCGUUGUGGAUGGGCAGGAAUCCGGGGAUUGUGCCGGGAUUUGGGAAAUAUUUUGCGAAGGGAUUCUAUACCGAUGCCACCUCGGCGAUACUGGUGUCAAUGCUGUUGUUCGUACUGCCCGCCGAGCAGCCGGAUCUGUUGAGGAUACUGAAGCCAG